CCGGAGGGCUGGUGGGCGGGCAGGCGCGGGAGCGAGAGGGCCCGGGAGCCGGGCGCCGGCCCGGGCAGGGCGGCAUGUAGCUGCGGGCUCCCGCGCCCGUGCGACGGUGUCGGCCCGGGGCCCCGCCAUGGCAGGGAAGGACAGUGGCAACCUGAAGACGGUGAGGCUGUGGCGGGACGCCGCCCUGCGAGCCAGGAAGCUGCGGAGCAACCUGCGCCAGCUCACGCUCAGCGCGGCCGGGGGUUGCCCUGGGGCCGGAGCCGACCCGCUCGAGUCCCCCGAUGCCCCUCUGCUCGUGCUGCCGGCCAACAUCGGGGACAUUGAGGUGCUGAACCUGGGGAACAACGGACUGGAGGAGGUGCCCGACGGGCUGGGGUCCGCGCUGGGCAGCCUGCGCGUCCUGAUCCUGCGCAGGAACCGCUUCGCCCGGCUGCCCCCGGCGGUGGCCGAGCUCGGCCACCACCUCACCGAGCUGGACGUCAGCCACAACCGGCUGAUCGCCCUGGGCGCGGAGGUGGUGAGUGCCCUGAGGGAGCUGCGCAAGCUCAACCUCAGCCACAACCAGCUGCCCGCCCUGCCCGCCCAGCUGGGCGCCCUCGCCCACCUGGAGGAGCUGGACGUCAGCUUCAACCGGCUGGCGCACCUGCCCGACUCCCUCUCCUGCCUCUCCCGCCUGCGCACCCUCGACGUGGACCACAACCAGCUUACUGCCUUCCCCCGGCAGCUGCUGCAGCUGCCGGCCCUGGAGGAGCUGGACGUGUCCAGUAACCGGCUGCGGGGCCUACCUGAGGAUAUCAGUGCCCUGAGUGCCCUCAAGAUCCUCUGGCUGAGCGGGGCCGAGCUUGGCACGCUGCCCGCCGGCUUCUGCGAGCUGGCCAGUUUGGAGAGCCUCAUGCUCGACAACAACGGGCUGCAGGCUCUGCCCGCCCAGUUCAGCCGCCUGCAGCGGCUCAAAAUGCUCAAUCUCUCCUCCAACCUCUUUGAGGAGUUCCCUGCCGCGCUGCUUCCCCUGGCUGGCCUGGAGGAGCUCUACCUUAGCCGCAACCAGCUCACCUCGGUGCCAUCCCUCAUCGCGGGCCUGGGCCGGCUCCUCACCCUGUGGCUGGAUAACAACCGCAUCCGCUACCUGCCGGACUCCAUCGUGGAGCUGACCGGCCUGGAGGAGCUCGUGCUGCAAGGGAACCAGAUCGCCGUGCUGCCCGACAACUUCGGCCAGCUCUCCCGGGUGGGCUUGUGGAAGAUCAAGGACAACCCACUGAUCCAGCCCCCCUACGAGGUCUGUAUGAAGGGGAUCCCCUACAUCGCGGCCUACCAGAAGGAGCUGGCCCACUCCCAGCCGGCCGUGCAGCCCCGCCUCAAGCUGCUCCUGAUGGGCCAUAAGGCUGCAGGAAAGACCUUGCUCCGCCACUGCCUCACUGAGGACAGAGUGGAGGGCGGCCAAGGAGCAGGGGACAAGGAGCAGAGCUUCCCACCUUCACCUGCGCCUGUGAGCAAAGGCAUCGAAGUGACCAGCUGGACGGCUGAUGCCUCCCGGGGCCUGCGGUUCAUCGUGUACGACUUAGCUGGUGAUGAAAGUUACGAGGUGAUCCAGCCCUUCUUCCUCUCCCCAGGGGCCCUGUAUGUGCUGGUGGUCAACUUGGCCACCUAUGAGCCACGCCGCUUUCCCAGCGCCGUGGGCUCCUUCUUGCGUCGGGUGGGGGCGCGGGUGCCCCACGCCGUGGUGUGCAUCGUGGGCACGCACACAGACCUGUGCGGGGAGCGAGAGCUGGAGGAGAAGUGUCUGGACAUUCACCGCCAGAUCGCCCUGCAGGAGAAGCACGACGCCGAGGGGCUGAGCCGCCUGGCCCGGGUGGUGGACGAGGCGCUGGCCCGGGACUUCGAGCUGCGCUCGGCCAGCCCCCACGCGGCCUACUACGGCGUCUCAGACAAGAACCUUCGGCGGCGCAAGGCCCAUUUUCAAUACCUGCUCAACCACCGGCUGCAGAUCCUCUCCCCGGUGUUGCCUGUUAGCUGCAGGGACCCCCGCCAGUUGCAGCGCCUGCGGGACAAGCUGCUCUCGGUAGCAGAGCACCGAGAGAUCUUCCCCAACUUGCAUCGAGUACUGCCUCGAUCCUGGCAGGUGUUGGAAGAACUGCAUUUCCAGCCACCUCAGGCACAGCGACUUUGGCUAAGCUGGUGGGACUCCGCGCGCCUGGGCCUGCAGGCGGGUCUGACCGAGGACCGGCUGCAAAGCGCCCUUUCCUACCUGCAUGAGAGCGGCAAGCUGCUCUACUUUGAGGACAGCCCGGCCCUCAAGGAGCACGUCUUCCACAACCUCACCCGCCUCAUCGACAUCCUCAAUGUCUUUUUCCAGAGGGAUGCUUCCUUGCUGCUGCAUAAGCUGCUCCUAGGGACCAGUGGAGAGGGCGAGGGAGAGGGGGAAAGCUCGACCACCAUGGCGCUGUCCACCCCUAGCCAGGACCUGCUCCGGGCCACCCAGCUCCAUCAUUAUGUGGAGGGCUUUCUGCUGCAUGGGCUCUUGCCAGCCCAUGUCAUUCGGUUGCUGCUUAAGCCUCAUGUCCAGGCCCAGCAGGACUUGCAGCUGCUCCUGGAACUGCUGGAAAAGAUGGGACUCUGUUACUGCCUCAAUAAACCCAAGGGCAAGCCUUUGAAUGGGUCCACCGCCUGGUACAAAUUCCCAUGCUAUGUGCAGAACGAGGUGCCCCAUGCAGAGGCCUGGAUUAACGGGACCAACCUGGCCGGGCAGUCUUUUGUGGCUGAGCAGUUGCAGAUCGAAUACAGCUUCCCCUUUACCUUUCCACCGGGGUUGUUUGCACGCUACAGUGUCCAGAUCAACAGCCACGUGGUGCACAGGUCGGAUGGUAAAUUUCAGAUCUUUGCUUACAGAGGGAAGGUUCCUGUGGUGGUGAGUUACAGACCUGCCAAGGGGGUCCUGCAGCCAGACACCCUGUCCAUUGCCAGCCAUGCUUCAUUACCAAAUAUAUGGACCGCGUGGCAAGCCAUAACCCCCUUGGUGGAGGAACUGAAUGUCCUACUUCAGGAAUGGCCUGGACUGCACUACACUGUGCACAUUCUCUGUUCUAAGUGCCUUAAGAGAGGGUCGCCCAAUCCACACGCUUUCCCAGGGGAGUUGCUGAGUCAGCCCAGACCAGAAGGAGUGGCAGAGAUCAUUUGCCCCAAGAACGGCAGCGAGCGAGUGAAUGUUGCCUUGGUUUACCCACCUACGCCAACUGUGAUCAGCCCCUGUUCCAAGAAGAAUGUUGGUGAAAAGCACAGAAACCAGUGACUUUGACGGCUGUGGAAUUUCCGUGGAGAAAAGAGAGCAUCCGAACUCCCCUGGAUUAUCUUUUGUACCCGGCGAACCCUUCACCCUCCCCAGCGUGUUCUGUGAACUCGAGUGACUAAGCACUCGGGGCGCUUUCAGAGGUGGGGAGGACGGGCGAGAUAAAUGGAGCAAAUGUUUUACAACCUGAACCUCAGAACUGUGAUCCUCCAAGGAGAGCGCUACUUGAAGAAAAGAAACAAACAAAAAAGUCGAAUGGCUUCUCAGGGAUUUUGUUUUCCGUGCACAUAUAAGCCAUAUUGCAGUACAGGUGGCAGUAUUUAGAGCACUCAGAUUUCAGUUCUGUUCAAUGUGAAAGAGGGAUCGACUGACGUUCAUUGCUGUUCCGUAACUAGUGUAAAAUAUGUAUAUGUUUAUCUUUAUUUUUAUAAUAUGCAGAAUACAUUUAAAUUUAUACAGUUUGAAGCUUCUAGCAUUAGUUAACACUGGGUGCAAUAUUCUGCAUGAGAACUGUGCCAAGAUGGGCCUGAUUUCUUAUUUUAGUGUAAGCCUUUUUUUUCUUUAAUUCUCCAAUUAAAAAAAAAUUUAUGGAUUAAGUGUUGGUGCAAAGAGAUUGCCAGUAAUCAGCAAGACCCUUAAACGUGCAUUUCUGACAGUGUCCCCUUCCUUUGCAGUAAAGGUUCCUGCUUAUAAAUCAUUGGGCACAGUGGGGCCUUCGGGGACAGAGUCCAUAAAAAUCCUGUCUUUUAAUAGCUCAAGAUAAUCAGGAGUCAGUUCUGAAUCAUGCAAACAACUCCGCUAAUAAUUAAUUACCUUCCUUUUCUAGAACUGUCUGCGAAAUUUAGCAGAGCACAUUGCAAGCCCUCCACAUCUGGCGGGGAGGCCUUAAGAUAGUGAACUUCCUAAUUGGAGAGAAUAAUGCCACAUCGGUUAUUUAUAAGUACAGAGCCUCUGACUGGACAGUCUGCUGCCGAGAACUAGUGAGACCCUUGUUUUAAAAUCUCCAUAAAGUAAAACUUAAAAAAAAAGCAAACUAAACAAAUUGCUUUCUUUUCUACUCCUAAUUGGGGCCAAACAGCAUCUGCUGCAAUAGUAACACAUUCUUUGAAGAAUAUAAAGGACUCUAGUUACAUCUGCCUCAUCUGAGUGUUGAUUGAAAAUCUGUAAAACUAAGUGAUUCUCUCCAGUGUCAGACAAGAAAAGUGAGUCAGCUGGUGUUACUCUUACUUCUUGACUCUUGGAAGGCCACAGUAUACAAAGCCUCAACAUUUUUUUUUUUAAAUAACACGCAGCUACAUUUCAACAAAUUGAUUUCUGUAUUUUGUGCCCCAGGAGUUAACUUCACUGACCCCAAAACUUCCAGCUAAACAAGUAGGAUUUCUUAUGAUCACAAAAUCAAUUGGGAUCAGACUGUUUUUGCAUUUUUGAGUACUUGAAUAGGACACCUCCAGUUUGAGAUUUUUCUUUAGAAACACAGUCCCAAGAUUCAUCUGGUUAAUCUCUUUGUCACAGUUCUCGGAUGUGGGCAUGAGUGUGUGCGUAAAACCGAAUGGUAACAUUUAAUUGAUUUUUGGAGCAUUGAAUUAUUGGGCAAUAAGAGUUUUUAAAUUGGCCCAAAGACAGUUUCUAAAUUGUCAAAUUAACCAACUUUACCAGUGUGUGACUUUGGGCAAACUCCCCAAGGGACCAUAUUAAACAAAAAAAAAAAAAGAAAAUGUUCCUUGGGGUGCCACACCCUGCACAGUGUUUAUUAUCAUGAGCAUAAAUGCCCACAUUCUUAAUAUCAUUUGACAAGUGAUGUUUUGUGCUGUCAUCUGAACCCUAGAGAAGCAGAAGAAGAAGAAACCUUGGUGUCACAGGUGUUUUAGCAAAAGGGUCCACAUGACAGAAUCAUGUGACCAAAGAAGCUCCAGAGAAGCGUUGAGAACUUGCUUCAGGGUGGGAGGAGGGUUGCAGAUACAGAAAACAUUGUGCUCGACAGGAAUUUUCGGCUGUCUAUGCAGGAAAUUCUGUUUUCUCUUUCGACACCUGGGAAGACUCAGCGGCCAGCCAAGACCGACAGGCAAAUUCACUAAGCACAAGAGGAAUUUUUUUUUCCACCCAAGAAGUCCCUUGCCUCUCAACCAAAUGCCCUCCAAGUUUGUUAUGAUUUCUAUUCCUGCAGCUUGUGGUAUCAAAACCACUUCCUGGAAUUGUAAAAGCGUUGCCAGAAUAAAUGUUUUUCCCCCUUCUAAGAAAAAAAAUGACAGUGCUCAUAUUUGACACUUGUGCAUUUGAUUCUCUUUUGAAUGAAUAAAAAGGAAAGGGUUUGGUGUAAUUCCUGACGGGGUGUGUGUUGUUUUUCAUGCCAUGGUUUGUGAAUCGUAAUCGUGGUUUCUCAUUUCAUUGUCAUAACUGGGCAGAAAUUUUAAAAACAUAAUAAAAUUCAGUAAAAAUACAAAGAAGUGGU